CCGCCACCCGCCGCCGCCGCUUCACGCGCGCGCCGUAUAUUCACGCGACGCGACACGCGCGCACUACUGACGCGAUCGUGAACUCCGAUUCCCUUUUUGUUUAUUUUUCGCGUGCGUCCUUCGAACCGUUUUGUGUUUUCGAGGCAGCGAGACGAAGAAAAAAGAGGCGCGGAUGGAUCGAGCUACCGGAGAAGAUUGGUGCAGGCCGCACGGAUAACACCUGCCAGUGCCACAGAUUAACAUCCGCGCCCCUGCACCGCGACAAUAGCAUAAAAAAACAACCAAAAUCCAAGAAAUCAACAACCAAAGCCUCCAGUCAUAUCUUUCGUUUCGAAAAAUCUAAAUAUAAGCACUAUUUUUUUAACCUUUUAACGAUAAAAUAAUCGUAAAUAGUAUACGGUAACUCCCAAACAGUACAAAUUAAUUUAAGUCUGAAGUGAUCGGUAUUUACAAUAAAGAGAAGCCUUCGACAAGCGAAAGAAGAAAUCUAUCAACGACCAGUAUUUAAACGUUCCAAAAUAAUAGAAAUCGUUAAACGAGUGCACAAAAUAUUUUAUCGACCGUUAACAAUUUAUGACGAACCAUUUCCUCGUGCAUUUUGUAAAAAAAAAUCAGCCAAAGAUUUUUUAUAAAGCCCGUAGCUAUUUAAGACUCGUAAGUUAACUGCCUCUUAAUUAAGGAUUUUUUACAUUACUUAUUUGUUAGUGAUCAAACGAAGUUAUUGUGAUUAGUGUAGUGUAAACCAGUGUGCCGUAUAACCGUAACUUAAGUGCUAUAGUAGAUACCGCGGACUAAAACAAAUUUAAACCGGGAUUUAGAGUACAAAUUGAUAAGUUCCAGUGCAGUUCCGAGUGUUCAGUACAACAUAGACUUAGUAGAGCUUAUUUUUGUAUAAGAGGAUAUAAAAGAAAGAGAGACGAGAACAAAAAGGGACACGAUGAGACUGCGUCGGAUGAAGAAGUCAUGAGCGAAGCGCUCAGGGGUCAAGAGGGUGCGGACAGCGCGCACCUACCGCCGUUCGCGACCUUCAGCGACAUGGCGGAGAACGAGCAGAGAAUCCUCACAACGGACACCAGGCUACUGGAUCCAGCCUGGGAAUACUAUGAGAGAACCGGCGACACUGUAUCAGUGAUCGCCAGUCAGCCGCAAUACAGGCCGUGGGAAUCCAUGCCUCUAACGGUCAACUCCAAAGAUGCUAUCCUCCGAGCCGGCUUUUCUUCACCUUUGGAGUACCAUCCGGUGACUCUUCAGCCGAUACCGAACAAGCUACCAUCAUUCCAAAGCCAAUUCCAAACAUUUCCGGAGACUACAGUCAUUCCCGAGACAGGGUUGCCGAGCGUAACUCCUGUGCCCGUCACCGCGAGCCCGGCGCCUAGCGCGAGCCCUAGUCAGUUAACACAGCUCACGCAACUUACCACUCCUUCGUCACCACACUUGACAACCCUAACACAAGUAACACCACUAUCGACAACUUUGACGACCCUAUCACCUGUCAACGCUACUACAUUCCAUACACUAACAGCUGUAAAUGCCAGAAGCUAUCCUAUAGUGCCAGCGCCAUUGCAAGCGCGAGAAUUGACUCCCGCCGGUCAGACGUACAUUGACGACAGACACAUACAACUGUAUCAACCAAACAUUGCCACAAUAAAUGCUUUUCCCGCACAAAAUGGAAUCUUACAUCAAAACGGAACACUGCUCCAUCAAAAUGGAAGUAUUAUACAGAACAUCCAAAACCCAACAGUCGUACAUGUACUGAAAAACGAGCCGUUUGAUAUCAAAAGUCUACAGGACAAGUAUACUCCAAACGGACUUCAUCAUACUGAUUUCCAGAACCCAAUGUUGAUAGACAACGGGUACGAAAAGAAAACAAACGGUUUUGGCAGCGCGUCAUCGCCAACGAGAUCAGAUUUUAGAAAGAAAGAGCGACGGAAAAUGCGGGCAAAUAGUUCAGAGUCAGAUGGGUCUAAUAUGGAAGUAGGGUCGGAAAGUAGUGGACAGGUGGCAGCGAUCUCGUCCACCGCUGGGUUCAAGUCUCCGAUGCACGGAGCACCGCCUAUGAACACCGGACCCAUGGACCUGGAUGACAUGUCAAGCGAAAAACAGACGAAAAAGAAACGCAAGCGCUGCGGCGAAUGUAUCGGAUGUCAGCGCAAAGACAACUGUGGCGACUGCGCACCCUGUCGUAACGACAAGUCGCAUCAAAUCUGCAAGCAGCGACGAUGUGAAAAGCUCACAGAGAAAAAGGUCUUACAAGACAUCAAGAGCUACCGCGGUCGCAAGCCACUCGGCGGUACAGCUAGUAUUCCUGGCACACCAGUCUCGAUCCCUGGUGUUCCCGGCCUGAGCCCCGGCGUCCCCGCGGCGGCGUCCCCAAGCCCCGCACCACAGGCCCCGGCGGCCCCGAGUCCGUCUCCAGCCACCACGCCAGCUAUGAAGCAGGAACAUCCCAGUCAGCCUAUGGCUCCAAUGCCGUUCUACGCCGGCGACCCAAAUCGGUUUACUACCACGUGGCAGACCGAUCCAUCUCAAGGUUGGCAAAACCAAUUCAUCCAGCAACUUCCAACACAAACAGGACAAACUACGCUGGACUAUCAAGGCAACCAUACAGCCUACGCCACAUCUCCGCAUUACCAACCAAACACCACGUACACCGUCCAGAACGUCGCUACAACCUUUGACGUCACCAAUAACACUUAUUACCAAGCCGGAAUACAGUCAGUUCCCACACAGAGGCCCCCGUCUAACCGCGGUGCCUACACCCCUGUUCCAAGCCCAAGGGCUCCCCAUUAUACCACUGAAUACCAACAACAAUACGCACAACAAGCACCCACUCCAGGAACAACCUCAGGAAACGACUCCAGACCGGCUUCUGCUGCGUCUUAUCAAAAUUCCGUUCCCACAUCAGCUGCACCAGUCUACACCGUCAACCAACAGAAUUACGAAAGAAACGAGUAUACAACUGAAAACUCAGAAGAAUACAAUGGAGAAAACAGCACAGGAGACGCAAACAAUGAAGGAGACAGACAGGAACAGAACACGCCGAAUGGACAGCAUUCGGGAAACGCCGAGCCUGGAUACCUGCAGGGGAGCAACGGUCCGCGAGCUUCACUAGAUUGUAGCGGGUAUUCGGGCAGCUAUUCAAGCGGACAGUACGCUGAUAAUAGCCAAGUCAACCAAAACGAUUGGCAGCAACGCCAGUGGCAGCACAACCAAAGACUUCAAAACCAACAGAUGCAAAAUCAGCAGAUCGAAAACCAGCAACAAAUUCAAAAUCAACAACAACAGAUGCAAAACCAGCAAAUCCAAAACCAGCGCCAACAAAUUCAAAAUCAACAACAAAUGCAAAAUCAGCAACAACAAAUUCAGAAUCAACAACAGCAAUUGCAAAACCAACAGCAGCAGCAGUUACAAAAUCAACAACUGCAAAACCAAAUACAAAACCACCAAAAUCAAAUGCAACAAAAUCAUCAAAUGCAGCAACAGAGGCAGGAGGAUUCUGAACAACAGAUGUUUUCACAAUCCGACAGGGUUAAUUUAAACUCGAGACUAAAGACGAUGAUAUUAAACAAGCAAAACCAUACGAGAGAUGGUACUAACACGCCACCAGACAAAGGGGAUCCGGGCGAAGGACCGCCUCGAGUGAUAGAUGACAGAAAAGGCGGAGUUUCUGUCAAUGAUGACAGGAAUACUACCGGUCAUUUUUUAUCGUAUAGCCACCAUCUCCGAGAUAAUUACCGCUUAGGCGAGCAGAUAUAUUCUGCCGCUGGUAAUUAUGCACAAACCGCUCAAGCUUACAGUUCGAGCGAUUUCGGAGGUGGUGGCCAUCACGUAUGGGAGGGAGGAACAAAUAUCCCGGGGAUUUAUGAUAAACACGCAUCAAAAAACGUAUCCAAAACUCCUCAAAAGUUACCAUCUUAUGCGGACGUUAUAGGUCAAUAUGGUGCCUACUCAAAUGUUUCAUAUGAAGCGCAAAAAUAUGCAGAGGUUUAUGGAAACGAUAGCUUAAGUUAUACUCAAGACAGUAAAGAUUUUCAGUCGCGAAUGCUUAUUGGACCAGUCUCGGAAAUUAAUCAACAAAAUUGUGCGCCAGCGCGGGAUACAAGCGCACAAACUAGGAAUUACGAUCGGGAGGCUUAUGAUGCAAAAUUUAGGCAUCCGUCAGCACCUUUGAUACCAAAAUUGGAAAUGCCUGAGACUUAUCAAUACCCCAAAGAUGACGUAUCAUUGAAAAAUGAUUCGAAGAGAAUAGCCAUUCAGCAUCAGUGUACCAAACAAAAUGAAGUGCCUAUGAACUCAUUUAGGGAAUACCCGAAUGGGGUAGUGGCUAGAUCUCAACAAAAUACAGUUUUGCCACCGAUAUCAACUAUAAAACAGGAGAAUUUUAGCCAGAAACCUCAAGCUUUCCAGAAUUUUCAGCAAUUCGGUUUUGAGCAAAGACAAGAACCAACUCGAGAAACCUACGCUCAAAUACCUAGAAUGCAAGAAAAUACGGUCUUUCAAAGAUACAACAGGAACUUUACAGAUCCAGCCUUAAAGAAAGAAUCACAAAAUAGAAGAAAUCCCGAGCAAGUGUCACUCGUUGAUCCAAAACCACCUUACUAUAUUGAACAAAUAAAGUCUGAACAUUCUCCACCUGGGCAUAAAAUAUACAAAAACAUAAACUACGGCAUACAGAAGAACGAGCCGUAUUUAUUCUCAGGAGAAGGUGGGCCAGUGACCAUUACAAAUGAAGUUGGAUAUGCUUGCUGCCGCCAGGGUUCCACUAAAAAGCCGCCACCUGAGCAUUUGCGAGACGGGGCAUGUCCAGGGCUGCAAACCAAAGAUGAAGUUCUAGAUGAUGACCCAGAUUCAACAGAGAAGGAUUCUAAAAAUCAGAAACCUCAAACCCCAGAUCCGAAUUUAACCAGACUUCCAACCGAAAAUCAUUUUAAUUACUCCAAAGAAUAUUUGGAAAAUUUAGAGCGACUACGAAAUAAUUCAAGAACUGAAGUGCCCGAUUGCAACUGCUUUCCUGCCGAUAAGAACCCACCAGAACCUGGCAGCUAUUAUACUCAUUUAGGGGCAGCGUCAACUUUAGCAGAGCUAAGAAAAGAACUGGAAGCUCGCACUGGUCUUGCUGGCAAAGAAUUAAGAAUAGAAAAGGUCUGCUAUACUGGAAAAGAAGGCAAAACGGCUCAGGGCUGCCCUAUGGCUAAAUGGGUAAUAAGACGUUCAAAUUACACGGAAAAAGUCCUUGUGGUCGUAAAGUUCAGAAACGGCCAUAAAUGUGCAACAUCUUGGAUAGUAGUAUGUUUAGUCGCAUGGGAAGGCAUACCACAGUCUGAAGCUGACUUGGACUAUACCCUGUUGUCUCAUAAACUAAAUCGAUAUGGACUACCGACUACUAGGCGGUGUGCUACCAAUGAAAAUAGAACUUGUGCAUGCCAAGGACUUGAUCCAGAAACGUGUGGCGCCUCCUACAGUUUCGGCUGCUCCUGGUCCAUGUAUUACAAUGGAUGCAAAUACGCCCGUUCGAAAACUGUCCGCAAGUUCCGACUUUCGGUCAAAGCUGAGGAGAGUGAAAUCGAGGAGCGCUUUCACGUACUGGCUACUUUGCUAAGCCCGUUGUAUAUGAAUCUUGCACCUAAGUCUUUUGAUAACCAAUGCCAGUUUGAAAAAGAAGCUUCAGACUGUCGUCUUGGUUUCAAGCCUGGAAGACCUUUUUCUGGUGUCACAGCAUGCAUAGACUUCUGUGCACACGCUCAUCGCGAUCUUCAUAAUAUGAAUAAUGGUUGCACGGCUGUAGUCACGUUGGCCAAACACCGUUCACUAUCCAAACCCACCGAUGAGCAACUUCACGUACUACCGCUAUACGUCCUCGACACGACAGACGAGUUUGGCUCCAAGGAAGGGCAGGAAGAAAAGAUCAAGAGUGGAGCGUUAGACGUCUUGGACAAGUAUUCCAUGGAGGUCAGAGUACGAUCGGUUCCUUUGCAACCAUGCAGACGCCAUGGAAAGAAACGCAAAGAUGAAGAAAGCUCCGAUUCAGCCAAUACUUCCACCAAUAGCAACGGUCAACAGCAAAGUCCUAACAAUAUUAAAAAGCCUCAACAAUGCUCCACACCAUCUCCGCGAACUCCACAACCAACCGAAACUAAAAGUAAUGCAAGUCCUAGAAGUCAAAACAGCGCGUCGCCAAGAGCGCUUACACCAGCUCUCAACCAAUCUAACCCGUCAGCAUUUAGUAACAAUCCACAUUACAAUUCCGCAUUCAUUAAUCCUAAUAUACAUAACCAAGGUUCUGGUCUUAUGAACCCAAAUUUAAGCAAUCCAGCUUUAAUAGACAUGGCAACAAUGAUAGACAAUUUCACUGAAGCACAAUUACAGAGCAACCAAAUAUCUAGCACGGUUCUAGAUUCUCCCUAUAAUUCUUAUGACCAAAGCUACAACUUACAUCAUCAGAAUAAUCUAUACAAUCCCAAUCACGUAACUCCAAUGAUUGAAGGGAAUUGCCAGAAUCCAAAUCCUAAUCCAAACCAGUUGCCGAGUUUUGCCGCUGGGCUGCAAAAGAGAGAUCAACAAUUCCAUCAAAGCACCGAACAAAUACCUAAUCUUCCACAAAACCAAUGGCCAGAUUUCGGAAAUCCAGAAAUUUUUAAUAAUGUCGUUAAAGAGGAUCCAGACUCAACCACAGCUAAUCUGAAUGUUCCGCCUAAUAAUUAUAGUCCAGAUUCGAGUAAAAGUGAAACUAACUCCGAUCCAGCUACUCAAAAGAAUGUGACUGAAACUGAAAAACAAAAUCUUAUUGUCGGAGAUAUCAAUAAGCUUCCCGACUUUGACAUGCCCAGUUCUCCAAGACUAACGGAAAUUUCACAAAAACCACAAAAUACUCCGGAAUCUCCGGCGCCAUCACAGGCUCAAGAUUUAAAAUCACCAAAUAAUGAUAACAUGGCUUUGCCAGACGUCAGGAAAAGCAUAUGGAAAUCACCAGAAUCGAAAAGCUUGGAUCCAUUAAAACCGAAAGAUGCUACAACUCCAGAAAACGAAAGUGCUUUAUUUAGAGUUCCAAAAUCAAGACCACCAUCCCGUUCCCAACAUGGUAAUCCGCCAGAUUCCACUUUCUUGAAACCAUAUCCUCCGAUGGAAAAACCUCACUUAAGUCAAGGAUAUGAACAUAGAAGUCCUUAUGAUGCUAGAAUGGCAAACCAAGCUGCACCACCACAUUCAACUCCACAAACAAACUUUACAAUUAGCCAUGAAGACCCAAACCAAAAUGGACCGUUUCAAAAUAAGCCCGUGCCAGAAUUUACUGGUAACAACUUUCAGCCAGUUAACCAGAAUAGUUACGGAAAUCAAACUUCUAUACAAGGAUAUGGAAAUUACCCACAGAUGACAAAUGCGUAUCCAUUUUCACCGAAUCCUUAUGGACCUUUUAAUCCGUACGAAAAUUCUUACAACGAUUAUAAUAGCUUAGCGUAUUACAAUGCUGAAAAAUAUAAACGUGAAGAAUUAAUAAGAAACACGCAUUGCUACAAUUCCUACGGCUAUCAAUACAAUCCUAAUUUUGCACCCAGUUUUUAUCAAAACCCAGGGUCAAAUUGGUGCCAAUCGUCUCCUAAUUGGUGUUUGUAUCCACCGCCAUUUUCUAUCCCAUAUCCUCCAGAACCACCGAAAGCAGAACCUAUUGGCGAAGUAACUGAAUUCAGCGACAAUUUGGAGUGCUUCAAAGACACUCAGAUGGGUGGCGUGGCUAUAGCUUUGGGUCACGGAAGUGUACUAUUUGAAUGCGCAAAACAUGAAAUGCAUUCUACAACAGCGGUGAAAACUCCAAAUCGAGUAAAUCCGACAAGGAUCUCUUUAGUAUUUUAUCAACAUAGAAACCUAAAUCGCCCGAAGCAUGGCCUGGAAGAGUGGGAAGAAAAGAUGCGACUGAAAAAAUUGGGCCUUAAUCCUCCUACUCCGGGUACUCCAGGCCCAAAAUCAAAUUCUGUUUCUCCGGCAUCUACGCCUGGUCCUGAACAGAGGCAGACUCCAAAUGGAGAAAAAUGGAAGAAUAAAAAUGAGAUAACCAUACCGGGAGGCUAUAGUUCAUUGGCAGCGUUGGUGGAAGCAACGAACGUUGCUAGGAAAAAGGGUCAGUUAAUGUUAAGAACCGAUACGCAAACUACUAUGUCGUGGACGACUUUAUUUCCAAUGCACCCGUGCACUGUGACUGGACCUUACCAAGAGUCGGGCACCUGACACAAGCCUGGCCCGGCGACGGGGCACAAUUCUUCCAACGUGAAACGACGGAGUGACGUCCCUUCCCUAGCUAAGUAAGGUCUAAAUUGCCUUUCCAUUAGUAGGAUUUUCUAAGUAGAGCCACGUGCUUUCCGAAUUUUGUAGUUCCUGGAUUUAAUAUAAAUCGCAAAUUUUACCUGGCACAGGCUGGUCCAGUGAGUGCUGUUUCCCCGCGAUUAGUUUACAAGCAUUUAUCGGAAUUGAAUACCAUUUUAACGAAGUAUUUUUUUAAAGUAUACCGAGUGAGUUUUAAUCAAAGAUGUAAUAUUAAGUUCUAUUUUAAUAGUAUAUAUCGCAUUUCAACUAGUCUUACAUUACGUUUUAGUAUCGGUCGUGUAUUGUCCAUGUGACCGUAUGUUCGUGUAGAUUUUUUUGUAUAUUCUUGUCUUAUUUUUAGUUUACCGUUAACUUGACCAUUUGGAAGUUAGACUUAUGUUUACAAUCUGCUGUAUAAAAUAGUGUCGUUAUUUUUUGUCUGCAUAUUUUGUCGGUAUUUUCUAAUUAAGCGCAUAAUUAAAGUUUUAUGCGAUGCAUUGAUCUCAUAAACUACUAACCCUACAUUUUAUGUAACUCGUCAGAACAAAAGUACAAAACAUCACAAAAAGGUUGUACGGCACCGAGGAGUGGCGGACGCAUUUGGCAAUCGUGUUUAUUGAUAUUUUUGUACCUUUGUCUGUGUAUUAGUUGUUUUAUUUGUAUUUUUUAAUUUAAUUUACCAUUCCGGCGUUUCGGAUCGUUUGUUCUUGGCGUAUGUUUUGGAACCAUGAAAUCACAAGCGGCUCACGCCCGCGUUUUUACCACAAAGAUACGAGUGCUUUUAUAUUAGGUUAAGACGUGUGUAUUUUUAACUUUUUAGACUAUUUAACUUAUUUAUAUUGUAUUACGUGAACCAUUAUCGAAUCAUUUUCUUUGUAAUAAUUUAGUGUUACGGUAGACGUUAAUAUUUAAUAUAUUUUGCUUUGCAACUCGACAUUAAAUUAUUGCAGUUGUUUUGGGCAUAUUUCAUAGCGCCUUCUUUACUUUUGAAUCGAGUGCCUGUUUUUUUGGCUAAAUAUGAAAUAAAUCUUGUUUUGGACUUCUUUGAUCGAAGCGCACAUUUUGAACACUUCUAACUUAUAGCGACGAUAAAAUUUAGUUACAUACAAUAAAAGGAUGAAUAAUAAGAUACAUUAUUAUUAUUAAUGUUAAGAUUAAAUAUAUUUGCGAAACGGUAAACAAUUCAGGCGCUUGGAAAGAUUAUAAAGUAGGCAUAUUAUUGAAAAUGAAUUAAAACA